ACUCGCAAGGUCGGCGUCGGCACAAGCAAGAUUGAACACCGUCCCGCCAGAGUCGUUCAAAGAGAAAGAAGCCGGUCGUCAAAGUGGACCACAGGUUGCUUACCACCACAGUUUUACUUCGUGACCUCUCCGUGGAUCCAGUCAGGAUGAGCGACGACUUGCUGUGGGCUGUGAAGAACGGCGACCUGGAACAGGUCAAGUCUCUGUCAGCGUCAGCUGAUGUAAAUGCUGUGUUGAAGAAUGGCCGUAUGGCGCUUCACUACGCUGCCGACUUCGGCCAAGCUGAAGUGAUCGAGUAUUUGCUCUCGAUUGGAGCUAAUGUGGAUCUUGCUGAUUCCUACGGUAUCACCCCACUGCUUGCUGCGAUCUAUGAGGGUCAUUUGGAGUGUGUGCAGCUUUUAGUGAAGAAGGGAGCCAACAAAUCCCUGAAGUCCCCUGAUGGUCGAUCUUACGCAGAAUGUGCCGAGGAUGAUGAAAUUCGCCAGGCUCUUCAAUAGUCACCUCCAAAAGCCAGCUGUUCUUGACACCAUCCAUCGUUGUACAGUAAGCUGAGGUUAGCGUGAUUAGCAUUUUAUGUGUUUUCGCGGGACUUGUGCAAAUCUAACUGAAGAGAACUGAGAGUAUCGUUCAUUUUGGCGAUGCUAGUUGCCUUCGUCUUUUCAGCACUUACUUAUCCUGCCAUUUGAGCUGUCUCCGCCAAGUUUAUGCUUACCCUAAUUUAAGUUUCCGUACGAAUUUUUACCCUCACAGGGAUUUCAUUUUUAGGUUCUCCAAGAUGCUGUCAUGAAAGAUCCCAGCAAAUAGUGUACAGUCAUGUACAGCUAUACCAUGGUGGUGAUUUUGUCUGUGCUAUGUUAUUGUAUAGAGCCUUAGACUCCGAGGAGAAUGAAAAGAGUAUGAACAUUUCAUUUUAUUGUUGGGAAUUAUUUCCAUUUUUUGCACAUCGUGGCCACCCCCGACUCAGAUAUGCACACCAUUCUGCUGGACUAUGGCGACAAUUUGCUGUCUCUUUCUGACACUAUCUCUGUGACGUAUA